AUGUCUGUUUUAAUCACCGUAGCCCAGACGGGAAAGCUUGCCGGUAAAAUCCUGAAUGCUAAAAAUGAACCAUUGGCAGGCGUUACCAUCAAGAUAGUAGGUGCCAGCGGCGGCGCUACCACCGACCAGGCUGGCCAAUACUCCAUUACAUUGACUGCCGGAAAAAAAUAUGAUAUAGAUUUCUCUGCUGUUGGCUACGCGCUAAAAGCCAUCAGUGAAAUUGAAGUAAAAGAAGGUCAGGUAACAAAUCUUGAUAUUGUGAUGGAACCAGCGGGUAAAAGCCUUACCGGUGUAACGGUAACCGGAACACGCUCUUCUGCAAGAAAAGAAACGGUUAAUUCGCUUAUCCAGUUUCAAAAGAAUACCAAUACAGUGGCGGCAGUAGUAUCCGCAGAAGCUAUCCGCCGGUCACCAGAUAAGAAUACGGGUGAAGUACUGAAACGCGUACCCGGUACCAGCAUCCAGGAAGGAAAAUACCUGGUGGUGCGCGGUCUGAGUGACCGCUACAAUGUUGCCAUGCUGAACGGCAUUCAGCUGUCGAGCACAGAACCCGACAGGAAGGCCUUCUCAUUCGAUAUUAUUCCUUCUUCCAUGAUUGAUAAUAUUAUCAUCAACAAAGCCGCUGUUCCGGAAUACCCUGGCGAGUGGGCCGGUGGCUUGAUACAGGUAAAUACCAAAGACAUUCCUUCUACCAGCUUCUUCAAUGUUUCUCUGGGUACAGGUUUCAAUACACAGACCCUGGGCAAUAAAUUUUAUACCUACCAGGGCGGCAAAUACGAUUGGCUGGGAUUUGAUGACGGUACCCGCGGAUUGCCUGGUGGCACCCCUGCCAAAAAAGGUUUUGGAGAAUUGUCCGAUGUUGAUAAGAUAGCCAUCGGUAAAAAAAUAGCUGGUCCCAAUGCUAUUAAAGAAGCCGGCGUUCCUUUAAAUGAAUCUUUACAGUUAAGCGGCGGUUUUAAUACCAAAGUGCUGGGCAAGAAAUUCGGUGCAAUACUUGGAUUAACCUAUAACCGCAGCAUGCGCAGGAAUGUUUUUCAGAAUAAUAUCUGGAAUAUUAACAGGGGCAACCCCGACUUUCAACCCAGCUUUCUGUAUUCCAACAAUAAAUACACGCAGGACGUGCUGGCAGGCGCAUUGGCCAAUUUUUCUCUUCAACUGAACAGCGAUAACAAGAUUUCCUUCAGGAAUAUACUCAACGUUAAUACCAGCAACUAUACUACCCUGCGUACGGGAAAAGACUACGAAUUUGACCCGGUAAAUGGUGAAAAUAUCCGCGCCAGGGAACUGGGUUUCCGCGCCAAUACCUUUUUCAAUACACAGGUAAACGGAGAGCACAGUAUUAAAGCUGGUAAUUUUAAAACAAAGCUGGAUUGGUACGGCAGUUUUACGAUUCUGGACCAGUAUAUCCCACAGCAAAGAAGGGUACAGUAUAACCAGGAUGCCAGUUCAGCCAGUAAUCCCUAUGAACUGCUGAUUGGUUCUACCCUUUCCCAGAAAACCGGCAGCAUUUUCUAUUCAACACUGUCUGAUUAUAUCUACAAUGCCGGUGCUAACCUUACCACACCUUUUACCUUGUUUGACAAUAAGCAAACGGUUAAAGUGGGCUACCUCUUCCAGGUAAAAGACAGGUUGUACAACUCACGUCCUUUCUCUGUUACACUGCCUUCUGAUAACCCUUCUUUGCGCCUGCAGAGCGAAGACCAGGUAUUUGCACCUUCGAAUUUCAGCGACGGUACACAAAACAACCUGUUUUUCUUCGAUGAGUAUACAGAGGAUCGGUUCCGCUACCUUGCCAAUACUAUUUUAAAUGCCGGUUUUUUACAGUUCGAUAACCAGUUUAACAAAUGGCUGCGCAUAGUUUGGGGAGCACGCUACGAACAUUUUGACCAGUUGGUAGGCAGCACUAAAAAAACAGAUGCCCGGUUUGUAAGAUCCGUAAAAGGAGAUCUGCUGCCUUCUCUAAACAUUACUUUUAAACUGGACACCAAAACCAAUAUACGCCUGAGCGCAUCACAGACAGUCGUUCGUCCGGAGUUCAGGGAGCUGUCGCCGCUGGCCUUCUACGACUUUGAACUGGGCGCUUCCGUAGUGGGUAACCAAAGCCUGCAAAGAACAAAAAUCACCAAUUUUGACCUUCGCUAUGAGUUAUAUCCACGCGCAGGAGAGCUGGUUACACUGGGCGUGUUUUAUAAGCAUUUUGCCAACCCCAUCGAGCAGUAUUUCAACCAGUCGGGCGCAGGUUCCAGCAGCACCUUCAAUUAUAUUAAUGUUGAAAAAGCUACCGGCUAUGGCGUAGAGUUUGAGUUCCGCAAAAAGCUUGACUUUGCAAGGGCACUCCGCAAUUUCACCUUCCAGACCAAUCUUUCCUAUAUCUAUAACCGCAUAAAAGAUUCAACUGUAAAUGUAGACAGGCCUAUGCAGGGACAGUCGCCUUAUGUAGUGAACGCUGCCCUGCAGUACGAUGUGGAGAAGCUUGGGGUGACUACUACUUUAUUAUUCAACAUGAUUGGCCGCCGUAUCCUUUAUGUUGGAAACGAUGCGGUACCUGAAAUAUGGGAAGCGCCGCGUCCCCUGUUUGACUUCCAGGUAGCAAAAAAGCUUUAUCACAAUAAGGCAGAAAUAAGACUGAAUGUGUCUGAUAUCUUUAAUCAAAAGGCCAAUUUCUAUCACGACAUUGAUGCCAAUGGUAAAUACGGUGCCAGGAAGGAUGCAUUGGCCAUCAGCCGUCAGUACGGUACCAAUGUGAGCCUUACGUUUGGCUAUACAUUCAAAUAA